AUGCACAAGAGACAACCAAGCACCUCGUCCCCUAUUUCAGAUAGUGUGAAAUCGAGGCCCUUUGCAAUAAAUCCUCAAACAGAUGCCCAAACCAACACGCCAUCUCGUGUUAAAGCUAAAUUACCUAAUAGAACUACAAAGAUCUCACAGAAACUCACUCUUUUCCCCGAGGAAUAUGUACCACAAGUCGACGAAAUAGGUGAAACUUAUGAUCAAAUAGAUAAGAUUCCUGAGGGAACUGCGCGAAUUGAAGCUGAAAAAUUCUCGCGUGAAGAACGAGAUAAACUUCCGCGUGUUACGGCUUAUUGCACUGCUUCAGCUUAUCAAUUAGAUGAUUUGAUGAAAUGUUUUCAGUCGCGUCGAAUUCAAAAUAGCACUGCACCAAAACGCAUGGAUGAAUGUCCUUUUUCUUUGCAGCCACCACAAUCUCCACCUACAGCAAAUCUUUUAGGAAUUGAAGGCUCCGAGAGGCCAUCACCAUUUGAACAAACUAUACCUGAAGUGUGUAUCUUUGAGUAUGGUGUAGUUGUGAUAUGGGGUAUGACUGAACAAGAAGAACAACAACUAUUGCGUGAAUUGAUGCCAUUCGAAGAAAAUCGACUUGCUAUCAAUGAUAUUGUAACUGAAGAGUUUCAUUAUCACUAUGCUGCUUCUUAUCAGCCCAGGAUCUAUAAUGAUAUAAUAACAUUGAAGAAUCCCGGAAACUAUAUGGUAAAACUUACAAUUUCUCAUGCGGUCGCUCAAUCCGUAAAAAUGACCUUUUUUGAAGAGUUGAUUGAAGAUACAAUCGAGUCUACAAAACAUAUACCAAAGACUAUGGCCGAGACUGGUAGUGUUCAAAUGUCAAGAACUGCCAUAACCAAAAAAAUUGGCCAGUUAUUUAUUAUGAGGAUCAAUAUCAAUUUGGUGAGUAACAUCUUAGAUACACCAGAAAUUUUCUGGUCCGAGCCAGCAUAUGAAGAACUGUAUAAGGCUAUAAGAGGUUAUUUGGAGAUUUCGCAUCGUGUAGAGCUCCUAAACCAGCGUGUCGGUGUGAUAAGUGAUCUUUUGGAUAUGUUGAAAGAUCACUUGACUAGCACCCAUAGUGAACAAUUAGAAUGGAUCAUUAUCGUUUUAAUUGUUGUGGAGAUUAUUGUCGGAUUAAUGACUAUUUUCAUAGAAUCUCUUGCAUACUCGGUAAAAAAAGGUACACCCUAA